AUGGACUACUCGUACCUGAACCAAGCGGCCGCGGCCGCGGCGGCGGGUUUCGAGCCCUCGAGUUGUGCCCUGGCCUCGGAGAUCCAGUGCACCGGUUACGGCGACCUGAGCAGCUGCUCCCAGAUGAGCCAGGCGGCGUAUCGUUACAGCGCGGCGCGAGCGGCCGCCGUGGCUGGCUACCCGACGGGAAACGCCGGAGCAACGGGGGCGACGGGCACCGCCGGGGCUGGGCCUUUGGGGGCCCAUCACACCGGUCACCCGCACGCCCACGCCCACCACGCCACCCACGCGGCCGCUUGCUCGGUCAUGGCUGCCAGGGGCCAGGACGUCAUGCACAGACACGCGGCUUCCAUCUUCCCGUCGGCCAUCAACUUACAAGGUGGUCUGGGUUACAAAGCCUACGGGAGCCACGACGGGCUGGCGGAGAAGCGCAAGCAGCGCCGGAUACGAACGACCUUCACGUCUGCCCAGCUGAAGGAGCUCGAGCGUGCCUUUCAAGAGACGCACUAUCCCGACAUAUACACGAGGGAGGAGAUAGCAAUGAAGAUUGAUCUGACAGAGGCUCGGGUACAGGUCUGGUUCCAGAAUCGACGAGCCAAGUUCCGCAAGCAGGAGCGCCUGGCCCAGCAGAAGACGAGCUCGUCGCACGGCUCGAGCAACUCAACGGGGGAUCUGACACCCGGAGCCGCAGCCAGUGGCCACCAAUCGCGGGGCGCGCCAAGCCCACUCUCGAGCAGCGUCAAGGCCGAGGGUCGCUCGCCACGCAGUCCAACGGCCACACCACCGACGUCGAACAGCACCGAGAUCAAGCCCGUCGCCAGCCAUAACCUCCUAAAUGUGAAACAACAACACCAGCACCAUCAGCACCACCAGCAGCACGUGCAGCCCCUGCACAUGACGACGGAGGACACGGGCAACUCGCCCAACGGCAGACUCAACGUCACCGGCGGUGCCUGGGGCUCGUGCAGUCCGCGGCCGUUCCCCGCGGCGCUGGCUCCUUACAUGCUGGACCCGCUGCCUCUCAAGACUGCCAACCUCUACUGA